AUGGACUUGUCAGCAGUUGCAGUGCAGAAGCCACUGCUCCCGAUGCAAUUACAGGAGCUGUUGCCCCAUGCGGAUCGAAAAGCAGGUGCAGACAAGAAGCAGCAGCAGCUUUUGUCGUCCACAGAUUGUACGGUCUCCGUCCACGACGCUGCAUCGACUUUGCAAUUAUCGGGCAAGCACUUUAGAGACGACGACAUGCUGCACGUCCGUCUCAAGGCCAGUCACUGCAGUAGUAGUCGCCACAGCAAUAGCAGCAGUUCGCUGCGUGCGUCGCUCUUGAGCACGAGCGGGUCAUCGUCUCUCCCCCCUCACAGCAAGAGCCUCGUGCUUGACCCCGAGACGAAUGGCGCUGUGCUUCAAGCUGCAGUCUCAUCGGGCGCCGAGGUCGUGGAAGUCGUGGCUGAACAGAGCUGGCUCAUCACCAAGCUCCUGCUGCAGCUGCUCUGGGCGCUGCGCAUGUCCAAGCGCUGGAUUCUCUGCGCUCUGCGACUGCUGUCGUUCGUCGUCGUGCUGCUCUUCCCGUUGGUCAAGAUCGCGCUCUAUUGGUUCUUCAAUCAAGACGUGCACAAGAACAUCAUCUACGGAGUCAACCGACGCAACUUGCUGGAUGUGUAUACAGUGCCCCGGGCAGCACAAGACGAGGAGACUGUCGAAACGCAGCAGCCCGGCGUUGCCAGUCCUCCCAGCCCGAGCUUCACUGAGAAAAAGUACCCCGUCGUCGUGUUUGUCUCUGGCGGAGCGUGGAUCAUUGGCUACAAGGCUUGGGGCGCGUUGAUGGGGCGCGUGCUGGCGUCGCUCGGUGUCGUCGUCGUCAUGCCCGACUACCGCAACUUUCCCCAGGGAGUGGUGCCGGACAUGGUCGAAGACGUGACGCGUGCGAUGCAGUGGGUCUUUGACAACAUCCAGCUCUUUGGCGGGGAUAGCGGCAACGUGCAUCUCAUCGGGCAGUCGGCUGGAGCGCAUCUCGCCUUGUGUGCACUUCUCGAGCAGGUCGAAAACAAGCGCAACGCGUCGUCAGCAAGCUCGGCAGUGUCGCCAAGCGCUAGUGUCACGUCUGGAACCGGUAGUACGUCGGACUGUGAGAGUUAUGAGAGCAUGUCUUCAUUGACGCAGCCGAUCACGUGGAAGUUGCGGCACGUUCGCAGCUACAUUGGCAUCUCUGGACCGUACAACAUGGAAGCGAGCAUUGCGACCUUCCACCGCCACGGCUUUGACCGGGCGGUCGUGGAACGGAUCAUGGCAAAUCGGCUGACUUACUACUCGCCCUCGUUGCGUUUGGUGACGCUUAGUGAGCUGCCGCUUGAAACGCGGACAGAGGUGUUGGAAGAAUUUCCGCCGUGUUUUCUGUUUCACGGCACGGCCGAUAAGACGGUCAAUUAUCGGUCGACGGAGCAGCUUACUGCGGCUCUGGAAGCUUGCAACAUUCCUGUAUCCACGCGCUUUUUUGAGGGCAAGACGCACACGGACCCGAUCAUCGAGGACCCGAUUGUCGGUGACGAUUUUCUGCUGGACGACGUGAUGGCUGCGUUGAACGCUCAAGCGUCUGUUGACCCGAUCAGCGGGAAGCCCCGGUACGAGUUGGGUGCACGACCUCAAGAAGGACGCUAUUAUCCCAAGGUGCUGGUGGGUUUAGCCCGCAAGAUUAAUCCGUUUUAG